CCGCCCUUAAGGAAUGAAGCCACGUGACCGCGCGGGGAGGGGGAGCGGGCGGACUCCGAGCCAUUUUGGGGACGGUGUCAGUUUCCAGUGUGAGGCUCCAGCAGACGGAGCGCCCGAGUCAGUCCGGGGGAGAGCGGGGAAGUAGGAGAGGAGAACCGCGUACAUCGCCAAACGGAAACAGAGAAGCGGAGUGAUUCCCGCGCCUAAAGGAGGAGAGUCUUGCACGGUAUAAGGCAGCCCGAGCGGGACAAAAGGCUGAGGAUGGUAUAAGCUCCGCUCCGAGUGAAUCGGGAAACGAGAGGCGGGAGCGGCGGAGGCUCAGUGCGGGGAACUAGACUGGGAGAGGCGACUGGAGACAUCGUGAAGGCGGCAGUUCGCCUGGGGGAUGUGCGGAGAGAUCUCUCUAUACUGACAGCGUCUGCAGAUCACAUCAAGAUGGCCGCCCCUGAGCUGCAGCUUCUGCUCAUCCGCUGAGCGACCCCCCGGGCACCGUAUUGUCCUCCCGACCCCCCCAGCAACAGCAACGAACGACACCCCCCUGCCACAGCCAAAAUGCAUCGGACCACCAGGAUUAAAAUCACUGAGCUCAACCCGCACCUCAUGUGUGUUCUGUGCGGCGGAUACUUCAUAGAUGCGACAACCAUCAUCGAAUGUCUCCAUUCCUUCUGCAAAACCUGCAUCGUUCGAUAUCUGGAGACGAGCAAGUACUGUCCGAUCUGCGAUGUUCAAGUGCACAAAACCAGACCCCUCCUCAACAUCAGGGCAGACAAAACCCUGCAGGAUAUUGUGUAUAAGCUGGUCCCAGGACUUUUCAAAGGUGAAAUGAAGAGGAGAAGAGACUUUUAUGCUGCUCAUCCUUCUGCUGAUGUUGCCAAUGGCUCCAACGAAGACAGGGGAGAGGUCGCAGAUGAAGACAAGAGGAUCAUCACAGAUGAUGAGAUCAUUAGCUUGUCCAUCGAGUUCUUCGACCAAAAUAAGGCCGAUCGUAAGGGAAGCAAAGACAAGGAUAAAGAGAAAUCCAAGGACGAGAUCAAUGACAAGCGCUACUUGCGCUGCCCCGCGGCGCUAACAAUCAUGCAUCUAAGGAAGUUCUUGCGAAGUAAGAUGGACAUCCCCAGUAAUUUCCAGAUCGAUGUGAUGUACGAAGAGGAGGCGCUGAAGGACUAUUACACGUUAAUGGACAUUGCUUAUAUCUACACCUGGAGAAGGAACGGACCCCUUCCGCUGAAGUACAGAGUGAGACCGACCUGUAAACGGGUAAAGAUCAACCCACACACCGACAGGAUCAAUCACACCAGCGGCGACAUGGAAAGUGACUCUGGCAGCGACAAAGCGGGAAGCCUGGGUGUUGUCAUUCCUUCCACCUCCUCUUGUAUCCCCAGCCCCCCUGUGCAGUCCCCGCACCCACACUUCCCCCACAUCUCCAGCACCAUCAAUGGAACCAGCAGCAGCUCCAGCAGCCACCAGAACCCAUUCACCAACAGGGCAAGGAAAAUAUCCUUAAACGGAGUCUCCGCCAUCUCUUCAGGAUGAACAGCGCCCCCCUGGGGAUGGGAGGACUGGGCACCACCUCGAUCUCUCCAAACCAUUGCAGUUUUAUAUGCUGAUAUGUGUGGCGUUUUGUCCAAAUCGCUUUCUUUGUAGUGAAACCAUAUAUCGCCCGGGAGUGAAUCCAGAGGAUUAUUUGGGGGUUCCAGUUACAGUGAAAGACUCUUGAAAGUGUUAUUCAAAUGGCUUAACAAUAGUAUGGGGGGGAUGUGAGAGCCGCGUUGGAUGCCGGGAGGAAACUAUUGGAUGUGGUUUUUAUGGAGGGCAUUUUUGGGCCAAGGUGGAUGUACAAAACAGAAGCUUCACCAUUGGGUUGGCAAUUUGGAAUGGCCUUGUUGGAUGUACAAGUUAAGCAGCUCCAGUGGAUAUCUUUGUUAUUGAAUGGAUCUCACCAUGUUGGAUAUGUUGUUUUACUUCUUUGCUUGUUGGUUUGCCCCACCCUGGGCUUGUGUUUUGGGAGGAUCUAAGACCAGACACGCUGGAUUAAGCCAUUAGGCGUAUAAUGGGAAUCUCUUGGGAACAGAACCACCACCAGCUCUUGUAUGAUUGUGUGUGGACUAAUUGAAAGCGAUCAUCAUCAUCAUCUUAUCCCAUCCAGCCGAGAGAUACAUAGAGACGCAUCUGUGUAGCCAUUUCACUGUGAAUAGCGUUAGCCAUUGCUGAUUUCUUUCUUUUUUUUUUUGGUCCUGACACCCAAACUUAUUUACUACCAGUGCACCCAGCACCCUAGUUGGCCGACCUGGAAGCAGUUUUCCCUGUACAGAAUUGGUCAAGUCAUGAGAAUUCAUUAAUUCCCCCCCCCCAGUUUUACAAUCUCUCUGCCUAAAGAAAAGCGGGUAUUGCCGUUCAUUUUAGUGACUUGUAUAAAUGAUUCGCUUUUGUAAGAAUCCGUUGGCAUUCUGUGUGUUGAACAAUGCCAUAUUGGUAUAUAUGACGUAACAGGAGACAGUAUUGUAUGAUAUAUUUAUAAAUACUAUAAUGAAAAUAGUGUGUUUCACGCACUCACAAAUUUCCUUCUUUUUUUAAUUACUUGUUCCCCAAAACUCUCUCCGGAUUGUCCGUUUGAUAAUACAGCUUUGAGGAGUCCCAACUGUGCCAAUCAGCAUCCAAUCAGUGUGGUUCCCAGCAAUAAAGUCCUCCUCCCUUGUGUUUGUUUGUUUUUAAAGGGACUGUUCACCUUUAAGUUAACUGUUCGUAUUCUGUAGAGAGUAAUAUUCCAUUUCCAAGAUACAGGAUUAAAGGGGUAGGUCACCUUUAAGUUAAAAGUAUGAUCCAAAAUGGCCAAUUCUAAGCAACUUUUAAAUAGGUUGCCAUUAUUUAUUUAUUUUUAUGUU